UAAAAUAACAUUAAACAAAAGAUUAUUAUGAUGGAAAAGCAAAGAAAAGAAAAAAAAAAACGCUAAUUUCUUGUAAGAAUGGAGUUUUUCUGAUUUACCAUGAACUAUAAUUGAAUUGAGGGAAGUUAAUAUUCUGUGUUUAACACUGCAUGGUGAAAUGCUACAAGCAGACACUUUUAUAAUACUGAAUGAGGUACUUUGAUUAAAGUAAACACUGGAGGCGCUCCAAAGUUUGAGCUUAUCAGAAGUGCUUCGUCUUUCUGACAUUUAUUUUGCAGGUUUUGAGCCAACAUUAUUCUGCCUUGAUCCAGUACCUCCCUGUUGGAUUAAAAACACUCUCCAUUUAUGGCCCUCUCACUGGGUCCCUGGCAGCACACUCUGGUUUCAUCACACUCUCAUGCUCUCCACUCACUUCUGCGUGCAUCACUCUGCCUCUCUGCAAGUGUCUCUUCUCUCAAUGUGAAUCACCGGCUAUCUCACUUUUUGUUUUCUCUUUCAGUCUGGUGUGCCGUGCGAACAGUUCACUUCUAAUUGACCUCUUUCAACCUGAACAGACGAGGGGAGACUAAUGAAACCAACCUGGUGGUGCCUUGGUGACUGAAGUUUGGAUCAGGCAGUGAGAAGGCAGCUCCAGGGUCCAGGGAGUCUGAAGUCCUAAUCUUUUUCCCUCAGGCAUACUGACUUACUAACCGGAUCUCUUCUAAGACACUGCACUGGAGAGAGAGCAGCAGGGAGAGAGAGAGAGAGGGGGUGAGGGAGAGAGAGUGAUCGAGCAAGCGCAGGAGGGAGAGAGAAAAAGAGACGGCACAGGAGAAGCAAGAGAAAAGAAGCCAGAGCUGAGAGAAAGAGAGAGUCGCAGGAGGAAGGAGAAGGAGAAUGCGCCGUGUCUGGGUAACACUUUUCCGCUUGUGUCCAGGGCCUUUGUGAAUACACCAUGGGAUGCAUCGGCUCCAGGAGACUGACGUCAGAUGGCGUGCCAGUCCAAAAGGAUGGGGAACAACAUGGACGUUCAGAAUUUUCAUGGGAAGGAAUCAAUCUGUCUAUGGAAGACACCACAUCAAUCCUGCCCCGGCUCAAGAGGAACUCAAACGCCUAUGGCAUCGGGGCUCUGGCUAAGUCUUCUCUGUCAGGUGUGUCAGGUGUCACACGCACAAUGAAGGAAAGAGUGACCAAACCCACAGCCAUGGCCCAGGGUCGUGUCGCUCACAUGAUUGAAUGGCAAAACUGGGGCAUGCAGACGGUGGGUGCGGGGAGCGUCCUGCAGUCCCGCAUCACUACCCAGGAGCGAGAAAAGGAGCGGCGGCUGGAGAACGACGCCUACAGUGACCUCAGUGAUGGGGAGAAAGAGGCUCGCUUUGCAGCAGGCAUCCUGCAGCAGUUUGCAAUCUCAGAGGCAACGCUCCUGGCGUGGUCAUCAAUGGAUGGUGAGACUCCGCAGUCAGGAUCAAACCAGGGCAGCGUGGCUCACCUCAGUGAAGUCAACCAGGAGAGCAUCACCAGUCGAGAUCAGAUAUUGCACCACUCCUCAGCGGAGGUGUGGCCUCACACAUACGUCUCCCAGGGCCACUACUGCCUCUCCUCUUCUGACGCUUGGGAGCCCAUCAACAAUGAUCCCUCCGGCGUGGCGUCUCCCCCUGCUGGCUCCUACGUUAUGGGUACGGAGGGCUACGAUGGGCAGACGGCAGCUCACUUCCUGUCUCAGCAACAACAGCAACAGUUCACUCUCCAACAGAGUCAACUACAACAGCUGCAGCAGAUCCAACAGUUUCAGCACUACCAGCAACAGCAGCUUCUGCAGUAUCAGCAACAGCAGUCUCUGGAGCACAGGCUACACAGUGCCAACCACUCUUUGCAAGCAACACCCAACAGCACCAUCCACAGUCUGGUUCAUCAAAUUCACCCUCCGCUGGUUGAUCUGUGGAACACGGGGCAGAUGGAAGCCUAUCAGGCAGAAGCCGGUGGGUACAUGGGUGUGGCGGCGGCAGUGGAGCCAAGCCUGUGCGUUCCCACUGGUGAAGAGAUGGUAGGAACGGAACACUCCCCGCUACUGGAGCAGCAGGAGGAGGAGGAGGAGGUCAAGGAAGAAGAUGUGGCACUGUGCAUGGAGCAAGAGUCGGCCACAUUGACUCCACCCACACAACAAGGGGAUGCCUCUGGUGGCAGCAGUCCGGGGCAGCUUCCAGCAGAGCCAAUCACAGAGCGGAAGUUGUCUGAUGUCACUUCUGGUCUCAUUCAGACACUAGAGGAGAAGGAAGAGCCAGAACAGGGGCCUCCUGCUUCUGUGGCAGCCAACUGAGUUUGUGGCAGCCAAGAGACAAAUGAAAAACUGACUGGGGAGUCAGCAAGAAAUGAGCAUAAUAACACAAUAUAUAUCUAUUACUCUGUUCCUUUUCAGGUAUCGAAACCACAACUUUUUUGGUUGCAAGAUCAUUUCUUCAAAAUGGUGAGAAACAGAUUUGAUAGUGGACUCCCAAUAAGAGUAGAGCCGAUGCAACAAUGGACACCUGUUUCUUUGCAAGCCUUACAUCCCAAAGGUAACUGAAGAAAAGAGAGAUGAAGGCAGAAGAGAAGCACCAACCGAGUGAAUUAUAUCCACUGGGAAAUCGCACUGAGACAAAAAGGAGGGGAAUGAAAACAUGCAUGCUUUUUAUGAAGACAAGCAACUCGACCCUGUCAUCAUCUAAUAAUGAUAAUGAAAAUCUAAAGUAAUAAAAAAAACAAUAAUUUUGUAAUAAAAGAAACAAAAAAAAGAACAACAAUCUAUGUAUAAGUGUAUGAUAAGAUAUGAGAUUUCCAGUGGGAGAACUACUCUGUUUACAGCUGUUAUUCAACACAUAAGAUAGAGUUUAGUCAAAUUUAUUUCCCCAUUGCAUCAAACACAUACACUAUACUUUACAUCUGGCAACCCAAGCACUUUCACAGAUGAUUGAAGUAGGCUCAGAAAAUCUCAGCAUUUCAGUGAAAUGCAGUUUUCCCCGAGGCACAAUCCAGGGACAGGCCCGUCCUGCUGACUGGACACCCAAAAACCCUGCACAGAUAAGGAUUGUACUGUAAGAUAGCGUGCUUCCUACUCUGUCUCUCUGUAUGCAUGUUUCUUCAGAGUACUAUGGAGUACCUGUACUAUACAGCACUGUAUAGACUUUGCACUGAACCAUAGUAUCCCAGGUGUGGCCACAGUGGCCCUGCAGUGGGCCUGCGGUGGGCUUGAGCGGUGGCUUUCAUGACUGAGAAAUAAACACAGAGCUGCAUAUGUGAAUCUCUUUUGCACUGAUGCAAUCCCAACAGAUCAGAGGUUCCCUUUGGACUGUUGAGGUUACCCAGUUCCCGCUCUGAAAGCUUUCACCGACAACCAAAACCGAGCCACUUGACAACGCGAACCCUCAGCUGCUUUUUUUUUUUUUUUCCAUUGACGUAAUCGCGAUGAAUAAAGGAUGAUAACCACUAUUUUGAAUGUACUGGAAGACAGGCGGCAGUACACGAGCGCUGCUUUGAUGCCUCCUCCGUGGUCCACAUGAGAGAGAAGGGAGCGCUGUUCUUAUGAAACAAAAACAAGUGGGAGAGUCUUUCAACCAUGUUGGAAAGUGGAUUCACUGCUGGCUCACCAAGACCACAACAACACACACACACAGAGAUAUGAAUAUCUAAAUUGUAACCAGCAAUAGGCAGACGAGACACUGGCUUCCCAGAUCAGUGUCAGCUCUGUCACAGAUAUGUAAAUAUUCUGAGUAUAUAAAGAAAUUGCCUCUCGCUCACAAUCACAACUGUUCUAUUACAGUAUGAUUUCUUUAUUUUUGUACACCUCUUGGGUCCCACCUUAUUUUGGGGAUUGCUCUCUGACUCACAGCUUAGCCUAGCACAGUUUAGUUUUUUCUUCUUCUGUGUGCAACAACACAAAGACAAAAUCGGAGGAAAUGGGAGGGAUGUUGUGUUUUAAGUUGAGUGACCGAAUCAAACUGAAGGGCGUUCAACCUGCUGAGACCAUUGGCGGUGGAAAUAGUUUGGCGACAGCGACAGGAGGUUGCCACUCAGUCAGCCAAUCAGGGAAUAGAGCGGACGAUUAGGACUGAACACUGAAGCUGAAAAGAUCGGUGUCUUCCUGCUCAUCGUUCUUACUGUGAAGCAGCUGCCUGGAGCGUGAUAGCGAUUAUGACAAUGUUUGGCAAGCAUGGUUUAUUUUUUGUGGGUUUUUCUUUUUCUUUCACUGGAGGACGGACGGUGUUUGCUAGCGAGUGUGGAGUUAAACAGCGGCAGUGAACAAAGUGGACUUUCCGUGCAUGGCUCACUGACAAAACUUUCCGACACUACAAAACCACUGUUUUCUCUGUUGGAGGAGCACCUUUUCCUCUCACUUUGAUGAUUGUUUGAGAAACUUUUAAGAUGAUAAAAUAUAUGGUUUAUUGACUUGAA